GGAACUCUCUGGGUGGAGCCCCGGGGUUGUGACCCGCAGCGUAGAAGUAGGGCGCCGACCGUCUUCCGCUCGCCCGCAGAGAGGGGCAGGCAAGGGACAGCGAUGAGCUGGGAGCUGCUGCUCUGGCUGCUGGCGCUGUGCGCGGUGAUCCUGCCCCUGGUGCAGUUCCUACGCUUCCUGCGGGCAGAUGCCGACCUAACCUUGUUGUGGGCCGAAUGGCAAGGGCGACGCCCAGAAUGGGAGCUGACCGACAUGGUGGUGUGGAUUACUGGAGCAUCAAGCGGCAUUGGUGAGGAAUUGGCUUUCCAGUUAUCUAAACUGGGGGUCUCUCUGGUGCUGUCAGCCCGAAGGCAGGAGCUGGAGCGGGUGAAGAGAAGAUGCCUGGAGAAUGGCAAUUUAAAAGAAAAAGAUAUACUGGUUCUGCCCCUUGACUUGACUGACACAAGUUCCCAUGAGGCAGCGACCAAAGCCGUUCUGCAGGAAUUUGGUAAAAUUGACAUUUUGGUCAACAAUGGUGGAAGAUCCCAGCGUUCCUUAGUUCUGGAAACCAACUUGGAAGUCUUCAAGGAGCUGAUGAAUCUGAACUACUUAGGGACGGUGUCCUUGACCAAGUGUGUUCUGCCUCACAUGGUAGAGAGGAAACAAGGGAAGAUUGUUACUGUGAAUAGCCUUGCGGGAAUUGCUUCUGUGUCCCUUUCCAGUGGCUACUGUGCCAGCAAGCAUGCUCUUCGGGGAUUUUUCAAUGCCCUCCAUAGUGAGCUUGGCAAAUAUCCAGGCAUAACACUUUGCAACGUUUACCCAGGGCCUGUGCAGUCCAAUGUUGUGAAGAACGCCCUAACUGAAGAAUUAACGAAGCCCAUGAGAGAGAAUAUAGACCAGAGUUACAAGAUGCCGACAAGCCGCUGUGUGCGGCUGAUGCUCAUCUCCAUGGCCAACGAUCUGAAGGAAGUUUGGAUCUCUGACCAACCCAUAUUGUUGGGUGCAUACAUUUGGCAGUAUAUGCCAACCUGGGCCUUAUGGCUAACCUGCAAGUUGGGGGAGAAAAGAAUCCAAAACUUUAGGAAUAAUUUGGAUCCAGACUCUCAAUAUACAUUGUGGAAGCCAAAGAGGGAUUGAAAGAACCACCAGGGAUGUCUGAGCCACUUGUUGAGGAUGACAAACAGCAUAUGCACAGUAAGCGUGCGCACAGAAGGCAGGCCAGUGACUACUUUUGAAUUUAGUUUUUGAUACAACUUUCUAUUCAGUAUGUGAUGAAUAAUAAAGAAAACUUUGUCCUCUAUCUUGUAUUUGUACAAGAGUAUGUAGUACCUUCUUGAAUAAAAUAACAUUUAACAUA